CCAGCGGUCUCCCGGAAGGGCUCGCGGAGGCGGUGGGCCGCGCAGGUUCGGAGGCCGGCCGGGCGGCUCGGCCCAGCCUGAAGCCCCUGCGUCCGCCGCCCGCGGUGUCCUAGGAUCUGUCGACAUGAAUCCCGUCAUCGUGGUCCACGGUGGCGGAGCCAGUAAUAUCUCUAAGGACAGGAAAGAGCGGGUGCGACAGGGCAUCAUCAGAGCUGCUACCGAGGGUUACAAAAUCCUGAAGGACGGAGGGAGCGCAGUUGAUGCUGUGGAAGGAGCUGUGACCGUCCUGGAAGAUGAUCCUGAGUUCAACGCAGGUUGUGGAUCUGUCUUGAAUGUAAAUGGUGAUGUGGAAAUGGAUGCUAGUAUCAUGAAUGGAAAAGACCUGUCUGCAGGAGCUGUCUCUGCAGUCCAGGGCAUAGCAAAUCCCAUUAAACUUGCACGGCUUGUUAUGGAAAAGACAACUCAUUGCUUUCUGACUGACCAAGGUGCAGCAAAAUUUGCGACAGCCAUGGGGAUUCCCACAGUUCCUAAAGAGCAGCUGGUGACAGAGAGAAACAUAAAGCGCCUAGAGAAAGAGAAGCAUGAGAAAGGUGCUCCAAAGCCAGACUGUGAAAAAAACCUAGGAACCGUGGGCGCCGUGGCCUUGGACCGCAACGGAAACGUGGCCUACGCCACCUCGACGGGGGGCAUCGUGAAUAAAAUGGUCGGCCGGGUUGGGGACACGCCAUGCAUAGGAUCUGGAGGUUAUGCUGACAAUGACAUUGGUGCCAUUUCAACAACGGGGCACGGGGAGAGCAUCCUGAAGGUGAAUCUGGCCAGACUCACUCUCUUCCACGUAGAACAAGGAAAGACACUGGAAGAGGCUGCCGACAUGUCGUUGGGUUAUAUGAAGUCAAAGCUGAAGGGUUUAGGUGGCGUCAUCUUGGUCAGCAAAGCAGGAGACUGGGCAGUGAAGUGGACCUCUGCCUCCAUGCCCUGGGCGGCCGCCAAGGACUGCCAGCUGCACUCUGGAAUUGACCUUGAUGAGACCAAUGUCACUGACCUGCCCUAGGGCCGUGAAGAUUGUAUUCUAGGUGCUAUCCUGAAGGGAAAGUCCAGCUUCCUGGUGUGGAGAUUUAGCUUAAUUAAUUAGAUCUAGAAAUGGAAAAUUCUGCAGUCUGUCACUGUUUUGUCGCCUUGAUCAAUGAGUAUCUGAGUGUUUGGUUGAGGGGCAGAUCCGAAAGUGCUCAGAGAAAUCCCCCUAUUAAGGUCAAAGUAAGACUAGUCCACAUGACCAAGUCCUGAGUCUUUCUCCUGAAUCGGCCCCAGCGUCUUAGGUUAGAAAGAAAUGACGUCAUCUGAUGUGACAGCAGCCGCCUGCGCGCAGGGAGCGCUGUCUGGUAGUGGGAGACCCCCAGCGGAGCGGGGGGGGGGGGGGGGUGGUGCCCAGACGGACGCUCCCGGGGUUCCCACGGUUGCAGGCUCUCCACGGGACCCAGUGAAGGGCAAGGCGGGAAGGAAAGGACCCAGCGGCAUAUCUGAAAGUACACAGAAGCAGCAGAGCUUGUGGGCCAAGUCCCAGAGAACCGCAGAAUGCUGUGGAAUUCACUUUGAGUCAGAAGAAUGUCAGGGGAAAGAACCUGGAAGAGGAUAAACUGAGUUUUCUAAGAAAGUUCGGGUCUCCUCUGACUUACUAAUGUAGACCUGUUUGCAGACACUUCAAAAGUGCCCCCUGGAGGUGAGGGGUCCCGGGGAUGGGGGGGUCUCUGCGGAGCUCCUGCCAGCCUGAGGGCCCUCCGGGACUCCCACGGGAGUCCGCCCAUCUGGCAUUUGCCACCAGCCUCCGCCUGCUGGAGGCCCUCCAGGUCCUCGUGCUGGGUAACGGGGCCCAGGACCUCCCCGCCUCGGCCAUGACGGGGGCGCCCAGCCCACAGGGCUGCACGGGGGCCUCCUGCAUCCUCGCGCUGUCUGGUGGGCGUGUGCACAACGUGGCCGGCACAGGGAAAACAGUAAUUUCCUCAGUGGAGGCUACUUCUGUUAAUCUCUCUUUACACUGGAAAUGGUAUUUCUGCUGUGACAGUUUUUUAGUCUUGUCAGGUCUUCUCUCUGGAAAGAAACUGCUUAACUUGAAAUUCCAUGUGCCACUAAUAAAAUCUAUUUUGAAAGAA